AUGUAGAUGUUUUAACAGACGCUCGAUGUCGAUGACGCUGUCAGAGAGACACUGUCACCGGAGCGCCUGCAGAAUUCGGGUUUUCAGCAGCGCCAGCGGAUCCUCCAGCUCUCACUAAACCGAGUGAGCGCGCAGGGCGAGCUUGAAGUGCGUUUUUCACCGUUAGCGGGGAAGGUGCUGUGUGUCGGGAGCCCUCUGCAAUCACCUUUGUAACCGAAACACUUUGUAUGUGCAAUGCUUUUGACUGCAUUAACCCAAUUUGAUUUCAAGGUAAAUGUUGAAGAAGCUGCUGACAUGCUGCCUAAAUCGAGGAAAGCGCUCACAAUUCAAGAGAUUGCAGCGUUGGCCAGAUCGUCCUUAAACGGUAUCUCCCAGGUGGUGAAGGACCACGUGACGAAGCCCACAGCCAUGGCGCAGGGGCGGGUGGCGCACCUGAUCGAGUGGAAGGGCUGGUGCAAGCCCAGCGACUCGCCCGCCGCUCUCGAGUCCCACUUCAGCUCCUACUCCCACCUGACCGAGGGAGAACAAGAGGCCCGCUUUGCGGCAGGUGUGGCGGAACAGUUUGCCAUUGCUGAGGCCAAGCUCCGCGCCUGGUCGUCUGUGGAUGGAGAGGACUCCAAUGACGACUCCUAUGAUGAGGACAUCCUGCCCGCUAACGACGCCCUGACAACCCAGAGUGGAGACCCCGCGCCCUACCCUCACUGCCCACAGGACCUGUGGUACAGACAGGCGUGCCAGCCGCAGGCGCCGCCCCCAGCUGAGAGCGACUCCGCCCCUUCCGGGGCCCCCGCCGACUCGCCCGACACUCCCUGCUCCAGCCUCUGCAGCCUGGAGGACCACCCGCUGGCGGGCGACUCGCCCGGCUCGCCCGCCCUGCCCACGGAUCCGGCCGCCGACACCGAGUGGUGCCCGCAGGGGGGUGAAGAGCUGCUGGCGCUGCUUCAGAGGGCGGGAGAGGACUGCGCCUCCUGGCGCGGGGGCGCGAGCGAGGACUCCAUCUGCACCCCGCCCCGCUGCCGGUCGUGGCUCAGAGAGGAGGACGACUCCGAGAGCUCCUGCUGGGACACCUCGGCCCGGUGGGGAGGCCGAAGGAGGGUCUCCGACGAGCCCUCCUCCGGCGUGUGCUCCCUGGAGGAGGAGGAGGAGGAGGAGGAGGAGGAGAGGGAGCGGAAGCAGCCGCGGCAGUGACUUGGACGUCCCCCCUUCGGUUUUUUUCAGUCAUGUCGGUCAUGUGAGUGCUCUCCGUUCUCCCUCUGAUGGACACGCCUCCCUUCUCCCUCCCACGCUUCUGCCCCACCACUCCCAGCUGUGAAACACAUGGACCAGUGAGCCUCACCUCAGCUGGAGUGGUGUGGGAGUGGAGUAGCAGACAAAAAGUGAUCUGUUUUGUGGGGGGUGGAAGCGGGUAUAGAAUAAUAUGUAAAAACUUUUGCAUGUGUGGUAAGUGCUGAAGUGAUGAUUUGUAAUUCCAGCUACUGUGUACCCCAAUACCUCCGGCCACCCCCCCAAACUCCGUCCUGCCCCUCCAAUAACCACUCCCCCCUACCCUGACCUCAUCGCCCGGGCUCGAAUAAUCAGCGUCCAGCAAAUGAAAGUCGGCGCUUGGCAUUGUUCUCCUCUCCUGAAGGACUACAGCAUUCCUCUGGCAUGGCUUCACACAGCAUGCCGGUAA